AUGGCUCAUAUAGGGGAUUCGCAGGUGUCUCAUAUAGGGUUGUGCUGCGCACCCCGGAUGAAAAACUGGGCCUGCGAUUCGGGGCAAAAACUGGAAAUGUUCAUCCCUUUUCUGGGCAAGUGCCGUCCAUUCUCGGGGCGUUGCUGCCCGACCUGCACCCCGAAGAGUUGGGACGGUUUCUACCACAAACAUCUCUCCUCUCUCGGCUUCCGUGACGCCAUCCGGGUGACGGAGGAGGACACGCGGUACCGGGGCUGGCUGGUCCGGAGGGUCUGCGCUUUCCUCGCUGUCUGGGAUUGGAAAAUUCCCGCUGACACCCCCAGAGACCUCCCGGCGCGGAUUUGCCGCAGCAAGAGGUAGGUGGGAACGGCCGGAGGGAACGCUCCGGGAGGGGACGGUAAAUCCCACUGCCGGCGGUGUAAGGAGAAAAUACUGGCGAUCCUGGCGGAAAUCCAGGCCCCGCUCUCCCUUCUCACGCUGAGGCUGUGCAACUGGUUUCUGCUCAAGCUCCUGAACCGCCUCUUCCUCAGCGUGCAGCUCCACCGAGGGCAGCUGGAGAUGGUGCUGAGGGCCACCAGGACGCCCGACGUGCCGCUGGUUUUCCUCUCCACCCACAAAUCCCAGCUGGAUGGGCUGCUCCUGUCCUUCCUCCUCUUCUCCCAGGGGCUGGGGGUGCCCCGGGUGACGGUGGGCGGUCAGGUCUGCAGCCCUCGCCUCCGCGCCCUGCUCGCCCGCCUGGGAGGGAUUUUCCUGCCUCGGAGAACGGAGCAGACAUCAAGUGAGCAAGACGAAGGGCUGCCAGGGGCUGUCCUGGCCACGUACGUCGAGGAGGUGCUGAGGAGCCAACAGCCUCUCCUCAUCUUCCUGGAAGAGCCCCCCAUCGCCCUGCGCCUCUCUGCCGCUGCCCGGCAGUGGCUGGCCCUGGUGUACCGAGCCGUGCGGGAUGGCGCCGUCCCUGACGUCCUCCUGGUCCCCGUGGGCAUCGCCUACGACGUGGUCCCCGGUGGUUUGCAGCGGGAAGGAGUGAGUGCUCAGCCCCUUGGCCUCGGCAAUUGCCUCUGGGCAGCGUGCCGUGCUGCAUGCCAAAACCUCGGCUGCGCCCGGGUGGACUUUGCCCAGCCCUUCUCCUUACAGGAGUUUGUGGCCAAAAACCUCAUCCAGCAGAGCUGCAGGGAGAAGCCACUGGAGGAGCUGCUGCUGCCCGCCAUCCUCGGCACGUGGGAAGUGGGCGCCAAGCAUCGGGGCAGCGUGUCACCCAGCUUAGGGCCAGAAGAGGAAAUAUUGGUGACCGAGCUGGGCCUGCACUCCCUGAGCGACGGCGUUGCCUGCUCCGCUGUCAUGGCUGUGGGGAUCACAUCUGCGCUGCUGCUGCACAAACACCGGGAGGGCAUCUUCCUCUCCUGCCUGAUGCUGGACUUCGCCUGGUUGCUGGAGGAGAUCCUGCUGCGCCAGCGCGAUGUGGGCUUCUCGGGGCAGCUCCGUGCCCUGGUGCAGCACAGCCUCACCCUCCUCGCCUCCCAAAUCACCCUCUACCACCUCUCCCCCGUGGGUGACAUCCUGGUGGUCCCCAAGGCCUCGGCGGUGGCCCUGAAGGAGCUGAGCCACCACAGCGCUGCCAUCCUGCCCGUCUUCGCCGGUGAGGCGGUGGGAGCCUGUGCCAUCCACGCCUUGCUGAUGGAGAUGCUGCCCUUCCUGGGGGUGACCGUCGGACCCUCCGCCAUCGUCCUCAGCCAGGAUGAGCUGCGCCGCAAAACCCUGGAGCUGCUCCGGCUGCUGCCCCCAAAUCUCUUGGGGCUCCAGCCCUGCAAGCCCCUGGACUGCCUGAGCCAGGACAUCGUGGACAAGCUCCUCCUCUGCGGGCUGCUGGAGGCUGAAGAACCAGAGAGCGAGCGCUGGGUCUGCGAUUUGGCCCCGCAGCCCUGCUGCCGUCGACAACCCUGGGCAGGGAUGGACUUCACCGACAGCGACAGCGACGACGAAGUCCCCAAGCGCUGCUUCAAGCUCCGCGAGCCCCAGGGCUCUCACGGCUUCCUCCUCUUCCUCUGCCGCCUCCUGAGCCCCGUGCUGAGGACCUAUGCCAGAGCGGUGGCUUUCCUGGACCGUCCCAGCUGGCCCCAGCCCGAGGGAGCCUAUGUGGAGGCGCUGCUGCAGUUCCUGAGCGAGGAGAACGAUUUCGUGGGGGUUCCCUCUGGGAUUUCUCUCCCUCCAGAGCACCCCAACAGCAGCCUGGCCCUCAGCUCGCUGCAGACCUUCAAGGAGAUGGGGGUGCUGGAGGAGGUGCGGACCCCUGCCGGCCCCCUGCUCCACCUCGCCCAGUCCUUCCGCUCCAGCACCAACCGGGCCAAACUGGAAGCCUUCAUCCAGCAGUUCACCAUGCCGUAG